CAGUCUGAGUUUGGACUCUCUCCCUGUCCAUUCGUCUCUGCCCUCUCCCUCUCGUUCCUCUCUCUCUCUCUGUGGGACCAGUGUACUGGCUUGUGUAGUGGUGUCCUUUCUUCUUUUCUCCGCUCCAGAAAGACCAACCCUAAGACGCCAAGAUGGAGGCCAUCAAGAAGAAGAUGUUGAUGCUCAAGCUUGACAAGGAGAAUGCCUUAGUACAAGCUGACCAGGCAGAUGUGGAGAAGAAAGAACACGAGGGGAGAACGAAGCAGCAUGACGAUGAGAUCAUUCAGCAUCAGAAGAAGCUGAAAGGCACAGAGGACGAGCUAGACAAGUACUCUGAGGCCCUGAAGGAUGCAACUGAGAAGCUGGAGCUGGCAGAGAAGAAGGCUGCAGAUGCUGAGGCGGAGGUGGCCUCUCUGAACAGGCGUAUCCAGCUGGUUGAGGAGGAGCUGGACAGAGCCCAGGAGAGGCUGGCCACUGCUCUGCAAAAGCUCGAGGAGGCAGAGAAGGCUGCAGAUGAGAGCGAGAGAGGCAUGAAGGUGAUUGAGAACAGAGCCCUGAAGGAUGAGGAGAAGAUGGAGCUGCAGGAGAUCCAGCUGAAGGAGGCCAAGCACAUUGCUGAGGAGGCCGACCGCAAGUACGAGGAGAUGGCUCGUAAGCAGGUGAUCAUUGAGGGUGACCUGGAGCGUACAGAGGAGAGAGCAGAGCUGGCGGAGGCCACGAGACGGAGGCUGGAUGAACAGCUGAGGAGUUACGACCAGGCGCUCAAGAGUCUACAGGCCGCAGAGGACAAGUACUCCCAGAAAGAGGACAAGUAUGAGGAGGAGAUCAAGAUCCUGACGGACAAACUUAAGGAGGCUGAGACUCGUGCUGAGUUUGCUGAGAGAUCAGUGGCCAAGCUGGAGAAGACCAUUGAUGAUCUGGAAGAGCGGCUGGCCUCUGCCAAAGAGGAGAACGUCAAGAUCCAUGCCACCCUGGAUCAGACCCUGCAGGACCUCAACAGCUUCUAAGCCCCUCUGUGCCGCCACUGGAGCCUCGGACCCUUGGUGCCGCCACUGGAGCUUAUGACCUUUGCCCUCUACUCUACAACUCCCCUCUCCCCUUCCUCUAUCUCUAUCUGUCCUGGGUGACUUGUGUUAGAGUUUGUAAGAACCGGCUGGUAUCGCAUUUUGGUGACAGUAGCACUUGCUCUGGCCCUCUCACCUGGGCCCACAUGUUUUUGUGUUCGAAGAUCUCGAUACAGUCCUCAGGCAUGUGAAGUUUUCUUUUGCUUUGUGUUGCCUCCAGCUUUAUUUGUAUGUGUGUGCUUGAAUCUAAAUACAUCUUAUUUUUCCCCUUCCAAAAAGGGCAAUAUAUUCAUAUAUCCUGAAGCACCAGUGUCUUAAACAUGUCUCACAACAGUGAGGCUUCUGAGUGUGAUACAUUCCAGCCGAAGCGUGCAAUUUGCAGUCCAUCAGGAUUAUGGCGUUACACAGUGGAUCAUCUCUCAUAUUGCCAGAGCAUGGCUUCAUUUUUUUUUCUAGUCUUAGAUUGAGUUUGGAGGGUUUUUCUGCGUCUGAGCCUAAAAUUGGAACGGCGAGCGAGUCCUUUGGGAAGGGAGACUUGCAGAGCAGUCAGCGUGGAGUCAACCGAAAGGGAGCGACCCACUUCUCUUAUCUGUCCUCCACACCGGCUUUUCUGCGGGACCAUUCGGGAUCUUGGAACACAACCCUUAUUGUCCCCCACCCCUUUCACUUUAUCAUCUCAUUACGCAACUGUCGUUGAAUUUCCUUUUGCUUUAAGUUCCUGUACCUGUUGUCCUUUAAAAAAAAAAAAAAAAAAAAAAAAAAGAAACAUUUAAUGCACCCCUACUUAAAGAAGCACCAUUUUAUUACCAAUAUUUUCUUAACUGUGCCAAUUACAAUGGGACCAUAAUUGUAUUACUUUAGUUAAAUGUUGUGUUAAAAUAGAACAUUAAGGGGUGGUAUAUAUCAUUUCUUGUAUAAGGGAGAAGUCUCGUUUGGGUUUAAACUUUUAUUAAGUAUUGGGCAAUGUCCCACCAAGGGUCACUUAUGCAGCGUCAAAGCAGCAUCGAACGGUUUCAUCAUAUUCCCAGAACUGCUCAGAAGAUCAGGAGAAUAUGCAUGGUUCCAUUGUAGUCUUAAUAUUUGGAAAAUAUAUAUCAUUCUAUCGGGGGAGUUCAAGGAGUGGUAAAGUGUUUCGUUUACCAGCCUUCAGCAUCCGCUGUAUUGGUUCAGUUGUUCGAUUUUUUUUUUUUUAUUAUUAUUUUUUUUAUGUUUCUCUUUAUUUUGGUGAAAUCACUUGAGGGUGGGAGAUAAGAAGGGGGUGAUCAGCAAAUCACAUUCCACUGCCAAAAUGGAAGCCGUGAGGCCACCUUGGAGGGAACGGGGAGAUGAACAAACUUGGAGGGCGACUCAAACAUCUCAUGAUGCCACUCUUGUUUUUUGUGUGUGUGUAUUUGCAAGUCAACAGAACUGCAAACCUUUAAGAUGAAUUAAAUGAGAAAUAAAUAAAGUUUAUCAGUAAUGUUUUAACUGGAACUUAUCCUGGGGUUUCAAGAUGUAAACAUUUUGUUAUCAAGUAUUGAUAAUAAGUGUUAUCAGUAUUUCAUUGUAACAAUCAUGAUGCAAAACAUGGAUGGACAUAAGAUUUUUUUUUUUUUUUUUUUUUUAAAAUAAAGGACCAUGAUUGAAUUUGA